UGUUUAUUUUGGUAAAUAAGCAAAAAUUGGGCAAAAAUCAGUUUGGUAGCCAAUAAACACUAUUAUGUAUUAUAACAGCUAUUUGAAAUUAUUAUAUGAUAUUGAGAUCGUGAAGAGUUGUAAAUCUAAUGGACACUGCCACCUGGGGAAGACCACAACUUGUUGGCUUCGCCCCAAGACUACACUGUCUAGUAAAACUUCAGCUUUCUUCAAACUGAAACUUAUUUGUCUUUAACCACACUUAACAGCUGAUUCGUGACUUUCAUUGAUCGACUUUUGAAAAUCGAUUUAUUGAUCCGUUAUAUUUGAUUCUGUGACGUUUUUGUCGAUUAUAGAUCGAUAUAUCAAGAAUGCAAUGAGAUCAUUUUUGAUUUUCCCUUUCGGCCAUGGUGAUGUUGCCCUCCAGAUAUGAUCGUGACCUUUUUAAAGCCAUAUCUAUGACCAGAAGAACGAGAAGUAAGUAUAGAUUGGAGUGGACUUGAAUGUAACAAGACGCGUGUUGUUUUGAAAUCAAAACGUGUAUAUUUUUGCUGAUGCAAACAAAUGAAUAAAACUACGGGUUUGAAACCACCGAAAAGUUUUAUUAGUUAUUAGAGCCAAAUAACAGAAGAAAUGUACUGAUAAAAUAAAUCAACAAAACCUGUGUUACAAUUUCAAACGAAUAAGCUUAUAAGUCGUCUCAGUAAGUCAUUAAAGAUGAGACAUUUGAUCGAAUGAUUUAACGGUGUUAGGUUGGUGUUCUUUCAACCAGAAGGUUGUCUCUGGAAUGAUCAAAAAGUUCGUCCCUGUAUACCUUGGGCCACACACGAACGUCUAACAAAUCGACAGUGUUAUUACUAGCGCAAGCUUCAUUUGGUUCCCUGUAUACCUUGGGCCACACACGAACGUCUAACAAAUCAACAGUGUUACUACUAGCGCAAGCUUCAUUUGGUUCCCUGUAUACCUUGGGCCACACACGAACGUCUAACAAAUCGACAGUGUUACUACUAGCGCAAGCUUCAUUUGGUUCCCUGUAUACCUUGGGCCACACACGAACGUCUAACAAAUCGACAGUGUUACUACUAGCGCAAGCUUCAUUUGGUUCCCUGUAUACCUUGGGCCACACACGAACGUCUAACAAAUCGACAGUGUUACUACUAGCGCAAGCUUCAUUUGGUAGUAUAGUGUUAUCAGUGGAAAAACUUCCGAGUUUUUUGCCACUUCUUCUGCUAAUCUGACAACUGGUUACACAUGUUUGCUGUUGUCUCUUCUGCUAACCAAAGGGUUGGGUCAUCUAGAUCUUAUCGUGGAAACUGAUGGAAGUUUGUGGGUUUCUACCUCUAACUGCGAGAUCAUCUUCUUUAUAAGGAGCAUUUUUUCCACCAUACUUUUUAUAGCCCAACUAAUCUCAAAUGUACCUGUUUUUUUUUAAAAGUUCCAAGUGUCAGUUAUGUUAGCCAAGUCAGUCUUAGAUAUACCUAUAGAACUGGUAGCAUACAUUUGCAGGAUAACAGGUUUGGGAUUUAUGUAUCGGUAUUGUACAUGCCUUGUAUUUUUAAUGUUUUUUAUACUUGUACCAGCAAUGCUGUGACUUCACAUCAGCACAAUUGAUUUUUAGUUUAAAACAUCCUUGUUCUUAAUUGAAAAACGUAAUUAAUCGAAUUUUCAAAGUCUGACAAACAUGAAUGCCAUUUAUUGCGAACUGGCCGUUAAAAAAAAAGCCUGGUUAAUAGAGUCCGUUUUAAAAUUUUUAUUACAAAUCUUAAAGUCAGGAGUUGUCCAGCCUUGACCACUUCCAAAUAAGACUUUUCUCCGAGUAUAGAUUUGAAACUGAAGACGUGAUCAUUAUUUCCUUCAGCACCGAGUUUUUAAAUACAGGUCCUGACUAUGACUGUCGUGUUUACAGUCUUGAUUCUCAGAGUGGUUAUUAAUUAAAAUGUUUUAAAAUCAAGAACUGUAUUAUAUACAAGUCCUUCCGAUUUCAUGAUGUACGAGUGAGUUGUGAUGUAUAAAGGAUCAAGAACUCUAUCAUAUACAAGUCCUUCAGAUUUCAUGAUGUACGAGUGAGUUGUGAUGUAUAAAGGAUCAAGAACUCUAUCAUAUACAAGUCCUUCAGAUUUCAUGAUGUACGAGUGAGUUGUGAUGUAUAAAGGAAAGUUUUUAUUUCAUAAAAUGAGCCGGCGUGGCCUAGUGUUAGCAUGUCUGACUGCGAAUGAAAGGAUCUGGGGUUCGAGGCCAUUGAACACGUUUCGUGUGGGGGUUAAUAAGAUUGACAGUUUUGAAUAACCGUACAUAGCCUUUGUGGGGGCGUGUAUCCCUCUGGAUACACGAAUCUUACGGUGACCUCUGACCAGGUCAUUUAACCUACGUGUGUAUAAAGUGUCCGUUCAGGCUGGAAGUUCCUGUCAUGAAAUCUGUUACGAUUUUCAGAAAGACAGUUCGGGAAUAUUUACAAAUUACUUGAAAAACUGGAUUCGUCGGUAUACACGAUUUAAAUGUUUGAAAAUAUAAUAUUCUGUGAACAGUUUCAACCAAAUUAAGAACACAAAUUUAUUGAUCAUGUUACUAUGGCAACUAGUGUGUAUACACAGCGAACACGUAUUUUUCAACUGUUUUCAGGAGAGAAGCGGCUUUCUGAAUUUUGUUCGACAACUUUUAGAACCUGAUAAACAAUAUAUAUAUACUUAUUAACGGUGCGCAAUUUUUUAAAACUUUCACAGUUUGAAAGUCGAGUUCAAAUUCUCAUAAACCAUGGAAACCGACAGGAAUACCAAAUUAAACAUUCCUAUAAUGCCAGUUCCAGUGGUGUAUUCCGAUAUGUCUAAUAGCGAUAGUUACUCCCCCAGUAACGAGGCUUCCCUGUGUGACGAAGUGUUUAUGUCUGAGAUGGUGGAGGAACUAAGACCGGAAGAAGAAGUAAGCGAACGUUAUUACGAUAUCAUCAACAGUAUGUCCGAGGAAUUUCAGUCUGUCAUCAAAGACAUUCUAGAAAAUCAAAGUUCACCCCCUAGCACGAGUAGUAGUAGUUUCCUUUCAACAAAUGUAAAGUGUAGUGAACCUUUAGAGCCAAAUCCGCGAUUUGAUAUUUCUAAAAGACAGACAAGAAGAGCCGAACCUUCUAGAAGCCGACCUCACGUGCCUAAGUUACGCCAACGGUCAGCGUCGCAUCGUCACACUCUCCUCACCAAAGCCAGCGAACGAGCGCACUACCAAAAAUGGACGGCUAGACAAACAGAUCCGUCCAAGAAGCUUAUCUUCUGGCGUGAGGAUAGAAACAUCAGAUCAGAAAGAAAAAAACGGUGAUCGACUUGGAAAAAGAGUUACGUCUCGGACCGGUUCACCUGUAAGGACUUACAAGACACCGGAUGCGGUACAAUCGGAAUUCUUCGACAUUACAGUUUCCCGGGUACAGGAUCCGGACUGGGAUAUCUACUGGGACACGUUUGGAUGGCACUGGAAAGUUGACGACACUUUCCAUGUGACAAGCGAACACUACGAUGCCCGUUAUCUGGGACCAUGGGGGCAGGAGGAUGAACUAGAAGAUGUACGAAGUGUCUAUUGGGAGCAAGUUAAACAUGCCCAGAACAAAUGUAAACAUUGGCUUGCUACAAGAACUAUCGGUGACCAGGCUAGUUAAUCUGUAAUAGUCGGAAAUAUUUUCCUAUCGAGUUUUAAAAAAGGGACUUUUAAUAUGGCGAGUAUGUGAACAAAUGGCUUCAAAAUGAUUUAAGGUUGAAAUCGUUAAUUGUCACAUAAGGAUAUAACAUCGUUAUAAAAUAAAAUUACAUCCAAAAUGAGUUACAAGUCCCAUUCAUGUUGAAAUGAUAACAUUUAAACUACAGCCAGUUUUUGUAAAUCUUAAAACCAAGUCUAUUAAACACCGUGUUAGUGGACAGCUUAUUUGAUUACUGUCGGUAACUCGUCUAUUUAAAA